CCGCAGAAGAUUCUGCAACUACUAGUGCUGUCAGUCAGUGAGGACUAUCAUGGCGGACGCGGGGCAGGCAGAAUCAGAGCAGGACAUCGAAAGUAAGAUUGAAGAAACGCGACAGAGGUUUAAAAGCGAGUUUGUUGAAGGAGAGUCUUCUUCAGAUCACUAUGACUCCAGAGACGUGGAGAAACUCUUCCGAGAUGACAGUCUGGUGGGGGGCUACCUCACCUGGAGACACUUUGUGGUGGAGGACGCCGUAAAAAUGAUCGAUGAGAGCUUUCGGUGGAGAAAAGAGUUCAACCUCAAUGACCUCACAGAGAACAGUAUUCCCCCGUGGAUGUUUGAGACCGGUGCCGUCUACCUGCACGGCUACGACAAAGAAGGAAACAAACUCUUCUGGUUCAGAGUGAAGCUUCAUGUCAGGGAUGCAAAGACAUUACAGGAUAAGAAGAGAUAUGUGGCGUUCUGGUUGGAGCGUUACGCCAGACGUGAGCCUGGAAUGCCACUGACUGUGGUGUUUGACAUGUCUGAGUCUGGCAUCAGCAACAUCGACAUGGACUUUGUCAAGUACAUCAUUAGCUGCUUCAAAGUCUACUAUCCAAAGUUUCUUUCCAAAAUGAUCAUGUAUGAGAUGCCGUGGAUCAUGAACGCUGCCUGGAAGAUUGUGAAGACAUGGCUGGGUCCUGAAGCCAUCGGUAAACUCCGGUUUGUCUCCAAGAGUGACAUCCAGACGUUUAUUGACCCUGAACACCUUCUACCGCACAUGGGCGGGACGGACCAGUUCAAAUACAGCUAUCCUCCUCUGCCUGAUGAUGAUUUCCAGUCGCCCAUCUGUGAGAACGGUCCGGUGAUCAGUGAGGAUGAAAGUGACGUCAAGGACAUUGAAUCUGAGUCUAAAGAGACCCUGGAGUCCAGCUUCAGUUCUGAUCAGAACAUCAAACCCAAGAAGGUGAACUUUCAAGAGGACAGUCAGAGGUCGGAUGAUCUUGACAGAAGUGAAGGAGCCGGUCGACUCCGAGGCGUUAGAAAACCUACAACCACUUUCAAAGGCACCUUACUGCACAUCGGUCCAGCAGAAGAGCUCAGCUUUGGUGCUAAAGAAACCGAGAAGAAAUGUUCCAUCGUCCUCAACAACGUCACCAAAAACCACGUGGCCUUCAAGGUGCGGACGACGGCUCCGGAGAAAUACCGCGUCAAACCCAGCAACAGCAGCUGUGAACCCGGAGCAAGUGUGGAUAUUGUGGUGUCACUUCAUGGAGGGUUCCAGGCGUCGCCGCAGGACCGCUUUCUGGUCAUGGCUGCUGAGAUGGACGCAAACACUGGAUCUGCUCUUCAUGAUCUGGCUCAGUUCUGGAAAGAAGUUCCCAAAAGCAAAGUGAUGGAGCACAGGUUACGCUGUCACGUCCUAGAGACUCCAAAGUCUUUACUCUGUAACUCAUUUGAGAACUCGUUGGUCACACCCGCCAAUGAGCAUCACGAUCUGCAGACGACGCUGCUCCGUGUCAUGGCCACAACCUCUCGUCUGGAGCAGAAGCUGGACGCGUGUCUGUGGCUGCAGAAGGUUCUUGUGGUUCUGGUGUCGUUUCUAUUGGCUCUCAGCUUCAUCCCGUGGGGGUCAUGAAGCAGGACUCAAGAUCAGAAUCCAGAUCCUCAGCGUGGAGACACAGCCUUCAUUUGAUGGGUUCAGCGUGAUAAAGGACCAGAACACAUGGACAGAAUGUUGCCGCAUCGCUCUGGUCCACAUCUACACCAGACUCUUGGCUAUACGCAUUUUUUUAUCACUCGCGGAUGAAAUCAAGAGAAGUUUAAUUUAUAAAACAUGUUGUGAGGAGAUCAUACAAAUGUAAUUAACUCUGAUUUUUAUAUAGUAUUUUAUAAACACAUGAAUAUAUGAAGAAAGAAACAAAACUGUCAUGUGCCUUUUCUUGACAUUCAUCUUCAUCUUAAUGAUGCUCUCACACAUUCCUCAGACCAUCACCAUCAUGAUUGAUUGUUAUCAUAAAGUAUUUCUUGACCAGGUGUGUCGUGACGCUCUCUCUCCUCUAUUACACGGGUCACAGAUGGUUUUCCAGCGAGCAGUAAUUUAUUAGUUUUCCUGGAGUCUGAAUCAUAAACCAGUGACGGGUUUAGAUCCAGUUAAUGAGAACAGCAGACGGCGUCACAUUCAUCUUUCUGACCUCUGAUAGAAAACAGCAUGUCGUGGCUUUACAUUCUGAUAUUCUGACUGAAGGUUGUGUGACCUGUAUCAGCACUAAAGUAAACAACGCUGUUUACUGUGUUUUUACAUUCAUGUGAUCCACAGUGUUUGAAUAUGUUGAAUCCCGUGACCCUGAUUCUGGAAAAUUCAUUUUCACAUUUUUAUAGCGCCAGAACGAAUGAACUUGAGCCGUUUCAUUUGGUGUCAUUUCUAAACCUCUUGUGACCACCAAGUGUGACUUAAAGGAACAGUUCACCCAAAAAUGAUCAUUCUGUCUUCAUUUAUUUACCCUCAAGUUGUCUUUGAAGAAUGCUUGUUAACAAACACUUCUUGACCUCCAUUGACUACCAUAGUAGGAAAAAUUGCUUUAGAAAUGUCACUUUCUGAUGAACACAAAAGAAGAUAUUUUGAAGAAUGUAGGAAAGCAAACAGUUCUGCGGCACUUUUGACUACCAUUAUCAUUUUUACUACUAUUGUAGUCAGUGGUGUCCAAUAACCAUUUGGUUACAAGCAUACUUCCAAAUAUCUUUCUCUGUCCAAUAGAGAAAUGUGUCCCUUUAAGUUCACUGAAGUAGAUUGUUGUGCUGGUUUAACAGCACCAUCGUGUGGCUUCACAGCGCUAUAGCAAUGUAAUUAUGAUUGUACAGCUUAUUGUAUUGACAUCUACACUUUACUUAAGAAAAUGUGCUCAAUUUCGAAAUCAGCUUUUACGAAAAAGCAAGAGAGUUUGAGAAAUAAAACGCUUACAUGUGAAAAAGCCACGGGCAGAGGAUUCUCAACACACAUUUUGUAUAUUUAUACUUAUUUUUCUGUUCUAUGGCAAUGUAAAAAUAAAAUCAUGCCAAUAUAUCUUC